AUUCAAUCAAACUCCAUUCUCUCUGCCGCUCCCAGAAUCCAAAAUCCCCCAAAAGACAACGUGUUUUUGCAAGAUGGCGUCUCGGGGGAUUCGUUGUGGACGAAACCACCCGUCCAUUCACAAUCAUCGAACCCUUUUCCGCAUUGAUCGAUCCAAUCAGAUUUCUUCAAUGAAUCUUUCUUUUUCGUUCUUUUUCAAUCACCCAAUGAAAAACCCUCUUCAACGAAUCUCUGCAUCAAUGCCCUCAUCGAUUUUCACCAUGCUUUCUUCUUCCCCUAACAAUCUAGAAUCUUAUCUCAAACUCUCUGUUGAUGAAGAAAGGGAUAACGAGAAAUUCAUGUUUUCAGAGAAGCUCGACGAAUGGAUGAGAGAUUCAGUGGUGGAGAUUGUUAAAAACCUAAAAGAAGCUCCAUUGUUGGUGCACAUUGAUUGGCAUAAUAAUGGGCCAGAAAAUUUGAGAUUCAGAACAGAGAAGGCGAGUUCAGAGAAUUGGAAAACCCUAAAGAGUGAAUGGGAAAGAGGGACGACACCGUCGCCUGAUGGGAUUAUUUUUGUCGAAAAGAUUGAGGAUGAGAGAGUUUUGAAUGAGGGUGUAGAGGAAGAAGAGACAAGGGUUUGGGGGAUAGUGGUACAAGGGAAAGGAGUGGAUUGUGGACCAGUUUGUUAUUUGUUGAAGACUAGCAGGGUUGGGGUUGGGGGUGGUUUGGGGUUGUUUUGCACUCAUUUCUUAUUGGUGAGGAUUAGGAGUUUCAGCGAGAAUGCUCUGUCUCAGCUUGAAGAUUGUUGGUUGCUGCAAAUUGAACUAGUGACCAAAUUUGCUUUGCCAGGGGCAAUAAGACUGACCCGCGCGGAUAGGCUUCAAUCAUGUGAAGGUUUUGCCAUUAAGGAGAUCAUGAUUCUUCUUUGCAGUCUCAAGGAUUUAUUGAGGGGUAUAUCACUCUGUACCAAGGCAUGUUGA